CUUUAUAGUCACUUUGAUCAUAAACACAGCAUUGUUGAUAUUUGGAUGGUGUCUGAAUUCAAGAGAAAAGGAAUGGAAACUUAACGUAUUAUCCUAACGUUUUCCUUUCUUCUAAUAAGCAUAACUGUUUAGUAAUUAACAACACAAAGGAAGGAAAAUGUCUGAUCCUCAUGAUGAACUUUGUCCACCGAACCAAGAGGACGAUGAACUAACGUUGCCACGAGCCAGCAUCAACAAAAUAAUCAAAGAGCUGGUACCGUCAAUAAGAGUUGCGAAUGAAAGUCGUGAGUUGAUUCUGAAUUGUUGCACUGAAUUCAUACAUUUGAUCAGCUCGGAAGCAAAUGAGGUUUGUAAUCAGAGAAAUAAAAAAACAAUUAAUGCCGAGCAUGUCUUAGAGGCCCUCGAUCGAUUGGGGUUCAAAGAUUAUAAGCAGGAAGCGGAAGCUGUGUUGAACGAUUGCAAACAGGUGGCUGCUAAAAGAAGGCGACAAAGCACUCGACUCGAAAACCUUGGCAUUCCCGAGGAGGAAUUGUUACGACAACAGCAAGAACUCUUUGCUAGAGCGCGUGAGGAACAGGCAGCUGCUGAACAACAACAAUGGUAUAGCGUUCAGACUGCUACACUACAGAAUGCCGAACUUUUUCAAAAACAAAUGUCUCAAGACGAAGACGACAGCGAUGAAUAUUAAACAUAAAUAUUAGCCUUUCAUGAAAAGUUUCGCUGAGUAGACCAGAGAGAAUUGGUGAACGGAAAAACAGUGCACAUAGUUAACAACGGAGCAUUGAAUAUUUUCUAAGAAAACAAGAAAGCAGAUAAAAUACCGAAUUUUCGAAAUAUAACAGAAUAAUCGUAUCAAUACAA